AUGGUCCGCUUUGGAGCCGACCAAAUCCUCAGUGGAAAGGGAGGUACCUACACUGAUGAGGACAUUGACGCGUUGAUUUCGCGAGGAGAGGAGCGCACGGAAGCCAUGCAAGCCAAGUUGCAAACCGAUGCAAAGCACAACUUGGCCAACUUUAGCUUGAUUGCUGACGAUGAUAACGGAACGGACACGUUUGCCUUUGACGGAAAGAACUACCGUGGUGCGGACAAGGGCAAGGGGAACUUUAUCAAUCAGCCGCAACGACAGAGAAAGCGCAACUACGAUGUGAACGAGUACUUUCGUGAGACGAUGAAUACAGGGACGACCAGUGGCCUCAAGGCACAUGCUGCUGAUGCUGCCGCCAAGAAACGGAAGAAGGGAAGUAGUUUCCAAGACUUCCAGCUCUUUGACUCCGCCCGCAUCGAGAAAUUCAACGAAUUGGAGCGUGAGCUUGCCACAAAGAAGGAAGCACAAGUGGCAGCCAUCAAACAGAUGCGAGAAACAAUUAAGCAUGCUCCCAUGAUGGCCUUGGGCGCUGCACCUGGACAGAGCAAAGAGGAACUCACCAAGCUGGCUGGUGAGAUGGAACAAAAACUAUCAGAAUUCAAACUCCCAGAAGAGGCGGAAGCAGAACGGAAGAAACUCAUGAAUGAUGGCUUCCCGGACUGGAGUCGAAAGGACUUCAAGGUAUGUCUCAUUUGCGGCUUGCCAAAGUGAAGGGGGAGGAGCGCAGGGAAGCCAUGCAAGCCAAGUUGCCGAGUUUGUUCGCGAAGGCUUGCUUUGUGGAUCAUUUUUUCUUCUCGCGCAGCUAUGCAUUGGUGUGCUUUGAGCUUGCUUCCCACCCGCAUUCUCGGAACACUGGUACCGGUACUGUAUGGGACGCGACCGAUCUCUCCUUGAUGCGUCCGUGCACUCAACUUGAGCGAACCAUACCGUAGACCAAUCCCAGGCUCGUCCAACCGUGAUGAUCAUGUAAUUUGGUGUUUGGCAUGGCCCCCAGAGGGAAACGGCGAAGAUGUGGUUAAAGUGGCAGUGACGGAUUCAAUUCCAACUAACUAACUAAAUGAGGAUCCGCCUUUGAAGGGCGACCAUUCAAACGAAGAAGACGACAAUCGUUGCGUCCACCGGAGCUUUGCCAAAUUCAACUCUAGCUAGAGCAACGAUUUGUAAGGAUGCUUGGUCUGGUCGAUUCGCGAAUCCAAUCAUUCAAAUAGUACUCAUAGACGUCAAUAGUACCGUAGCCAGCAAGGGACCGUGAGACCCAAUCGACCGGACGCACUACCGGUCCGUACAUGCUUGGCCGUCACUGGUCCGUGGGGUGGCGAAUACCAGUAUGCGCUUAUUUGAUGCCACCGAGGGCCGUUGGCGCUGAAGUGAAACUCCGAGAUGUUUUUCGCCGAGACACCUUCGACUUCCCUCCGAAGGAACCUAUGUACCGACAGAGUUCCUGGAGGUUUGGGGCUUGUUGAGGCAAAGAUGUUUGCUCAAUGGUCGUAAAUAAAUAAAUACUAAAUAGAUACGUUAAGAGCGAGGGGGCGAGGCUAGGCAAAGCAGUGGCUGCGGUGGUGG